AUGGUUCGAGGAACUGGGAAAUUUAAACAGAAGCGAGGAGGUGGCCGCAGCUUCAGUAAGAACAUGACCCUCGAUGAGAAUGGUACUGCUGUCGGCGAACGGACAAGGACUGGGCGCAGGGGUGCACAAGAGGAAGAAGGCGACUCUAGUGAGGAGUCUGAAGAGGGUGAGGAGGAGUCUGAAGAAGAAUCUGAAGAGGAGGAGGAGGAGGAGGAGGAGGAGGGAAACCCAGCUCAACAGGAGCUCAGUCGGACGGAGAGGCGUGAACUGAAGAAGAAGCAGGCCGCGGAGAAACAGAAGAUCGCAGAGGAGGACCCGGAUUUUAUCAAUCCCAACCAUGUCGAGAAGAAACUGAACAUCUCUGAUCUUUCCGCCCCAAGGGAACUAUCACGACGAGAGAGGGAGCAGAAAGAGAAACAGGAUGCGAAAGAUCGUUACUGGAAACUUCACGUACAAGGAAAGACGGAUGAGGCCAAGGCUGACCUAUCACGGCUGGCCAAAGUUCGUGCGGAACGCGAGGCUGCCCAAGCGAAGAGGAAGGCUGAAACCGAGGCGAAAGCCAAGGAAAUCGAGGCAAAGAAGCAGGCUCAGCUGGGUAAACGUGGAGCUUGA